AUGAUCUACUUUAGCAAUGAAUGCCGCAAGCAGUUUAAUCAAAUCCCAAACGUUGCAUAUAUUUGUCAAUUGUCAGAGAAGGAAAAAAGGGCUCCUGGAAUGGAAGUGGAACCGACUGAUAUUGCGGGAAAAAUUCUUGCACUUCUUCGGGAUGGCGCCACGCACUACCUAGAUCAUCAGAAGCAGAAUACGACGCACUCCGCAGAUGGGAAGGAAAAAACACCAGAUCAAACUACGAAGGAAAACCCAAUUACAGAAAUAGCAAAGAAGCUGGACACUCCCAUAUUGAUUGCAGCUAAAAAUGGCAUCACUGAAAUUGUUGAUGAAAUCCUCAAGUAUUUUCCGGUCGCCAUCGACGACUUGAAUGUAGACAAGAAGAACAUAGUGCUGUUGGCGGUGGAGAACCGGCAACCAAAUGUAUAUCAACUCUUGCUAAAAAGAAAAGAUCUUCAGAAAGAGAGUGUGUUUGGGCAUGUGGAUAAUGAAGGGAAUAGUGCCCAGCAUCUUGCGGCAAGGCUUGGAGACUCCAAGCCUUGGCGAAUUCCUGGAGCAGCUUUGCAAAUGCAAUGGGAAAACAAGUGGCAUGAGUAUGUCAAGAAUUCUAUGCCCCUCAACUUCUUCCCUCGCCAUAACAAUCAGGGCAAGACCUCGAGGGAUUUGUUCACCGAAACCCACAAGGACCUUGUCAGAAAUGGAAGUGAGUGGCUAACCAACACAUCUCAAUCCUGCUCUGUCAUCGCUGCACUUAUUGCCACCGUUGCCUUCGCCAGUGCCAACACUAUACCUGGAGGCUUCAAGGAGGAUACUGGCAUUCCAGUGCUCCAAAACAAGCCUGGAUUUGACCUAUUCGCCAUCUCAUCACUUGUUGCGCUCUGCUUCUCGCUCACAGCCUUGGUCAUGUUCCUCGCCAUCUUAACAUCACGAUAUGAAGAAACAGAUUUUGGCAAGCACUUGCCGAGGAAACUCUUGCUAGGGUUAACAUCUGUGUUCGUGUCCAUAGCAGCAAUGCUGCUUUCAUUCUGUGGGGGCCACUUCUUUGUGCUAAAGGAGGAACUGAAAUUUGCAGCAUUUCCAGUUUAUGCAGUGACAUGCUUGCCAGUAACUUUUUUUGCUGCGGCACAAUUUCCACUAUAUUUUGAUCUUUUGCGUGCUACCUUCUCGAAGGUGCCACAACGAAGUUCCAAGAUCGUUCACUGACCUUUUUGUUCUAUUUUUUCUUCUGUCUUCAAUUAUUGUUGGCCAGGUUUUAUUAUCUACGAAGAACGAGUUUUUAUCUUUUUA